UAUACAAACUGUCAAAUCGCAUGAAGAAUAGAAGAGAAUAGAAAAAACGCGCAGUGAUUAGUGAUUAAAAGUCGAAGUUUAUUGUGAAAUUUUCGACAAUUACCUUGUUUUUGGUGUAGUUAAUCUACCUGAACGUUUGCCCAACGAUUAAUCGCGAAAUUCCGCUAUAGCGAGACCGCUCGUAAUGGGCGUCCGCAAGUGCAUUAUAAAAGAUUGUCCCUCCACUUCAGCCAGGAGCGAGGACCGAGGCGUUACCUAUCAUAAAAUUCCGGCCAACGAGAGCGUCAAAAAGAAAUGGGUUAUCGCAUGUCAGCUUCCGGAUAGUUUUGUAAUCAACAAAGGGUCAAACGUUUGCAGCCGACAUUUCCGGAAGGCAGAUUUUCAGGACUUCAAGGGGACCAAGUAUGUGCUAAAGUUUGGAGCUGUUCCGACAAUUUUCUCCUGGACGAUCGCUUCUGCACCAAGCAAGAAGAAAAAGGACGAAACGGAGAAGGGCAAAUCAGAGGAGGAGAUAGUUGUGAAGCAGGAAAAUGUGGCGGAGGAAUCUUUUCCUGUUAAAAUUGAAACAUCAAGUGUGGAAGAGUCAGAAGAAAAAAUAGUUGUCAAACAAGAUCCGGAGGAGAAGAAAGAAGAAUCGAUAGAUGUCAAAAAAGAAGCGAAUGAUGACAAGAAAGAAAUUAAACAUGAAGUGGCAGACGAUGAUAUUGUUUUGAAAGAUUCUUUAGUUACCUCGCUCAUAAAGCCGAAGAGAAAAUCUGCCUCCAAAAGAAAAUCGUCUCCAAAAAGAGCAACAACUGCGCGGGUUCCUUCGGCGAAAAAACUGCGCAAAAGCGAGCCACCAUUAUCAACAUCAAAGGACAAAAAAACGUCUCACUCCCCUCGUAAGUCGACUUCGGCAACUCUCAGUUUAAGCCAAUCUCCAAUAAAUUUCACUCCGGGAACAAAGAUUGAGGCACAGGAUUUUGCUGGCAAAUGGCAUCCGGCAAAGCUUGGUGAAGUAGAUACCGAGGAUCGGGAAGUGCUGGUUCAGUUCGAGAAAAAUGGUAAAAACAAAUCGACACUUAAUGACGAAUGGAUCCCGAUGGACAGUGUUCGCCUAAGACCGCUUCCCUCACCAAAGACUCCCAAUGAGAAAAUAAAAUUUGUUCCCGGUGAAAAAUGCUUCGCCCGCUGGAGCGAUUCCAGAAAGUUUAGAGCGACGGUUCAAACCAUUUUGGACAAUGACAUGUACGAGGUUCUGUUUGACGAUGGUUUUGUCAAAGUUUGCAAGGCAGCUCACAUCAGCAAGUUGAAAAGGUCGGAGGGAGGCUUUGAAACGGAUAUGUUGGGAACACCCAUCAAACAGGAGGAAGAUGGUUCCACAGUCGAGGUUAAACCUCCCGUUACCCCAAUCACUCCGAUAUCUGCAACGUACAUCCCACAGAUAGCCAAAGCCAGUGAUUAUCCAGAUAUUCCUAGGGGUGGAGAAUGGUGUUGCCAUUGGAUGAAUGAUUUCCCUAUCGGGGAGGAAGCAAUAAUAGAAGUUGCUGGCGUGAAGAUUCAUAGCGUCAUUGUUCCAGAUUGGCGCCUGCCCGAAGGAUGGAUUAAACAUAUUUACCAGCGAAUUACGGCAUACGGUAAAAUGGAUGUUCUACUGGUUACACCAGAGGGAAAAGUGUUCCGCUCCCGCCAAGAAAUGAAAGCUUACUUUGCCGAGAAGGGAGAAGCAUAUGAUUUAAACAUGUAUGAUUUCGGAUUGCACAAGAAACGGGCAAAAGAAUUAGGUUUUUGUCAUUACACGAAAGAGUACAAAGAAUCUCUUAUUUCACCCAAGAUCAAAACCGAACCGGUUCUGCUUAAUACGGAAAUAAACAUUGGUUCCGUUAAGGUCAAAAUUAUUGACAAUUUGCUCCAGUGCCCGGAGCCGUACUGUCUGAAAACCUUUCGCAAAGAGAACCACUUGCAGAUUCAUAUCAAACAUUACCACAAAGAGCUGGCCAAGGGUUUGGGCGAAAUUCCCAACAUGCAGGAUCUUGCGGCACUGAGAACUCCGGUGGAAAUCAUAGAUACACCGCCCAAGAUGAGUCGACGGAAGUCUAUUUCACUAUCCACCUCGAGGGUUUCCCUAAAGGAAGACACCAAGAAGGAGGAUGUUAUUGUGAAGAAAGAACCCGGUUUGGAGGAGAAUGCGAAGCCAGAUGAAAAGAAAGACCGUAACGAAUCCGCGGAAGGUGACGACAAAAAGGACAAAGUAGAAAUGGGAGAGUCCUCUUCAGAGCAACCGGCAAUCGCUGACAGCUUCGACAUCAAAAGUCCGAAACCGGAAAUCUCGGCCACCACAGUCACGGAUGCGGGCAGUUCGUUCGAUGCGGAGGAGAUAAUCGAAUCCCACUCCGUCAGCAAACCAAGAAAAGGUGUCACUAAAAUAAAACUAUUCACGAGGAAGAAGAAAAAAGCUACCAAAAAGAACAAUUCCGGUCACAUUUCAAAGCGGGCAGCGGCAGCUGCUGCGGCCGCCGCUGCGAGAAAGAAAAAACGGAAGCUUAAACUGGCACGGAAUUCGCUGGACUACAUGGAGGCGGAGGAAACGAGACAUUCGUUUGCCGUUGCUGGCACUAGCGCGAAUGAUAGCUUUUAUCGACAUGGAUAUGGUUACGAUAAAGAUCCCGAGACGAGUCAAACGACGAAUGCCAGCAUCUGCGGACAGUACGGAGAUGAUUCCAUCAAUGCCGCAUUCAGUAGUCCGAGGUUUAUCAGUGAGAAUGGGGAAGUAAUCAAGAUUGUAUCGAUGAAAAAGGAAGAGAUUAUUAACUGUCUGUGUGGAUAUGGAGAAGAGGACGGGUUGAUGGUACAGUGCGAGCUGUGUUUGUGUUGGCAACACGGCAUAUGCAACGGAUUCGAACGAGAUAAUCAGGUUCCGGAUAAGUACGUGUGUUACAUUUGCCGCAACCCACAGGGUGUUAGAGAAUCCAGACGAUACAUGCACGACCAGGAUUGGCUGUACGAAGGUAAACUACCGGUGGCCAACUAUCACGUGCCGAACCCGAAACACGCUUCGAGAUUUGAUAUACUCAAGCAAAGUCAUACCUUGGGAGGAAAUUUGUUGGAGCUUAAGCGGUUCAUGCAUAGCUUGAAGGUGAAGAUCAAUAUCGCAGAGAAAAAGGAUCACCCGAAGAUGUACUUGUGGUCGAAAAAGUGGGAAAAGAGUCCUCCGCGUGGUGGAAACGGGGACUUAUCCGGUAUAGUCCCGCUAAGUUCUGCAACUGGUACUGCAACAGCAUCAUCGCAUUUCUCAAGGCCGAAGCCAAAUCCCGUUCCUCAAAUUCCCAUCCCGGAGGCUGCGAUUGAUCCCGCCGAGUGUCAGGCCAUUCUGCUGGAGCAUAUUCAAAAGCAACAGAACGCCGCCAUGGCUCGACUACAGGCGAUAGAAGCGCAAAUUAUUGCCUUGGAGGCGUAUGAUGAGAAACCAGAACUCCUAGAGUCUCCGACAGCAAAGAACUACCCCAAAACGAAGCAGACGAUUCACAUGUUGCUGAAUGACCUGAUCAAGAUGAAAAAGAUUGCAGCGAUUCAUCGUAGCGCCCAGCAGCCUCUGUACUGAACGCGAGGCAGAUGCAAUAUGUAAUUCGCUUCGUAUCGUAUUUCAUGUGUUUUAAGCUCUGCAGAAGUGAAUUCGUAGCUUGCAGAAAUGACAUUAUUUUACGCAUUAAUAAACGUAGAUUGAGCAAA